GUGGAAACAAAGAUAAAAACGAGAGAGACAUUAUUCUUGUGGCCAGGCACUUUGGUCUUAGAUCGAGUCAAGAAGGGACUUUCUUGGUUGACUAACUCGAAAACCCUUUCUUUAUUUCUUUUUGAUUCUUCACUAUCAACGCAAAGCUAUGUCGUCUCUGCUUCUCAGAUUCUCUUCCAAGUCCUCUCUCCACAAACUUGCUCUCGUAAAUCUCUUCAAUCUCUCUCUGUUUCUAGUUUUUAUAUAAUCUCUGUUUUAUUCUUCCUCUUCUUCUAAUGUCUACUUCUUUACUCAUCCCACAGAGAUGUAACACCUUUAGGAUGUUCUCCUCCUCAACCACCAACCCUUUUUUGCUGCAUCAUGCCAUCCCUUGUGGUGAAGAAGCCCAAAGAACAGAGUUCCUCAUGUUGGACCCGGCCAAAGAGGAUUAUUUCACCACCGUUGAUAAGCCACUUCCCAAAAAUUUGAUUAAGUCUAAGCUAGUGGGAAGUUCCCAUGGAUGGGGUGUUUAUCUCAGCUCCCCUGAUUACAUACUAAUCAGCAACUAUCCCUCGAGGUCUAAAUCAAAUCCCAAGAUCAUUGAUCUGCCUCCUCGUCCUAGUCUAAAUGGUUCUCAAACUGAAUUGGUAAGUGGUGUGGCAAUGUCCUCUUCUCCUGAAGAGGAAGAAUGCAUUAUUGCUGUCAAAUACAUGGGACGUCCGGUGAGUAUAUAUACGCCUGGUCAAGACAGUCAGGGGUUCCUCCUUGCUAUGUCCACUAGAUUAUUCGAUUAUUUUGAGCAAUCUAAGUUGAUGUAUUCCAAGAGAGAUCAAAGGUUCUACAUGCCAAGUUCUGGUGGCCACCACUUGUGGUCUUGGGUUGGUCUCCCAUCCACCACGCCUCAGUACCAUGAGUUAAAGUUUCAUAACCUUCCUCAGUUUUCGCAUUCCGAGUUGCAGCUUUUCGAUUCUUGUUACAGGGCACACGAGCUUGUGGAGUCUCCUUCAGGACAACGUUUCUUACUCAAAUGGUACGUUGAAAGCCCUGCGAACAAGUCGUUAGUAUUCAAUUGUGGCGGCACAAAGCGGUUCAUGGUGUUUAGAGAAGAGGAAGACAUGAACAUGUGUUACACAGAAGACAUUGGUGAUCUCUGCAUAUUCCUCGGCAACAACGAGCCUUUUUGUGUCAAGGCCAGCUCAUUCCCGGGACUAAACCCUAAUUCCAUCUAUUUCCUCGGUGAAGGCUACGGUGUUUAUGAUAUCGCCACUAGAUCCCCACGUUCCUUCACACCCAAGUCUACACCAAGUUCCUCCUCGGAACAAAUAGUCCUCCCUUACUGGAUCCCCCCAAUGUCUCUCUAGACUCUAGUUACAUGUCCUUCACUAGUUAUGCAAGAUUAUGCUGUGUGUACUCAAAUUUAUUAUUCGUCGUUAAACUAUAUGUUAUCUUACAUGGAAAAGAAAAUUAUGAGGUUCU